CGGUACGGGCGGGCUGUGAGCCCGGGGCUGAGGGGCUGAGCGGGGUCUGGCCGUCCCUGUCAGCCUCUUCGCCCCUGUUCCUGGGCGGCCGCUCGGGGUUCGGUGCUGCUCAGCCCAGGCUGUACCCGGGUGAAACGCGGUCCGUCCCGAGCAGCUGGGGAAGAUUCCUGCUGCAUUAUGUCAGGAGAGAGCGACUGCACCAGGACAAGUCCUUCAGCAGGGUUUCCAGCAGACAAGGAGCUCCUGCCAGACUGGCCAAAGUAUGUCUGUACCCUGUCUCCCGAUCUUGUCACCAAAGCCCGGGAGGAGCUCCAGGAGAAGCCUGAGUGGAGGCUGCGUGAUGUGCAGGCACUCCGAGAUAUGGUGUGCAAGGACUACCCUUCCCUGGGCACAUGCCUGGACGAUGCUUUUUUGCUAAGGUUCCUCCGAGCCAGGAAGUUCGAUUACGAUCGAGCGCUUCAGCUCCUGGUGAACUACCACACCUGCAGGAGGACCUGGCCAGAGGUGUUCAGUAACCUGAAGCCAUCUGCAAUAAAGCCUGUGCUGGAGUCAGGCUUUGUCACUGUGCUGCCUCACCAGGACCCACAGGGACGCCAUGUCGUCUGCAUCCGCCCAGACAGGUGGACACCCAGUAAUUAUCCGAUUACUGAGAACAUUCGUGCCAUAUACUUAACCUUAGAAAAACUCAUUCAGUCCGAAGAGACCCAGGUGAAUGGAAUUGUAAUCCUGGCAGACUACAAAGGAGUCAGCUUAUCUAAGGCGUCUCAUUUUGGUCCUUUUGUAGCCAAGAAAGUGAUUGGAAUUCUUCAGGAUGGAUUCCCCAUUCGAAUAAAGGCCGUUAACAUAAUAAAUGAGCCUCGUAUAUUCAAAGGCAUUUUUGCAAUUAUCAAGCCUUUUCUGAAGGAAAAGAUUGCAAACAGGUUUUUUCUUCAUGGCUGCGAUCUGAAUUCCCUUCACCAAAAUAUUCCUCCAGUGAUCCUUCCUGAAGAAUAUGGUGGUACUGCAGGCAAGCUGGACAUCUCUGCCUGGAAUGAGCUGCUGCUGGCCUCUGAAGAGGACUUCCUGCAUGAUUUCUCAGAGCUGGUUCUGCCCUGUGACAGCUCUCCCCACAACCUGCUAGUGAGUGGGGAUGCUGAUGAAAAGCAGUGUGAUGAUUCCCUGCGAGGGAUGAAACCUCAGCUCUAUUACUGUUACUAACAAACCACUGGAGGGAAGUUUUCCAUCACAGUUAAGAUCUGCUGUGCUAGGUGAUGUUGGAAACUCUGCCUUACUCCUAAACCUGCAGUUUAGGGACAGACUGCUGAGGCACUUUACACUGUAGAACCAAAGGAAGCUGGAGAGGGCACAACGGGGGCAGGGCAGAGUUUGGGAAGGGUAAAGGAAAGAGCACAAGUUGUAUAGAAGACUUGAGGCUCAUCCAUCUCUGUGUGAAUGGUGCAAACUGGCCUAUUCUUUCUAAUGAUAAAGGGAAAAAUUAUUGCAGAUAGAUAAGCUUGACAAUUUCUUGUCCCCACCCCACACAGGUGAAAAGUGAGGAUAAUUUAUGAGCUUUGUGAUUAUCUGGUCCCUUCCCCUUCUGCAAACACCAAUAAUCCAAGACAAGAAAAUGGCUCUUGAACCCUGCAAAAUACAAUUCUGUAGUGAAGAUUGCUUAUAACCAUAAAAGUCUAACUUGGCCUAUCGUCUGUCACAUGGUUCAGAUUGUGAGUUGGUGUUCUGAAAUAUCUCAGUGAAUAUUUGUUUCAAAUUAAUACAGAACAAAAUUUACUCAUGAAUACCUGUAUGGAGAUAAUCUCUUAAACUUUCUCACAGUUGUAAAGACUGUGACUGAUGGAUUAACUACCAUAACAUCUAUACCAAGGUUUAUACAGCAGAUGCAAUCUUCAUUUUCAGAAAACAGCAAGUUUUUCAGAUAAUUUACUAAUCAAUUAUUUUAAUUGGACAACAGCUUCAAAUAAGGAAGUUCAGGACCAAAUAAAAGAAAGCUGUGUCAGCCACCUUCCCCCAUUGACAGUUCUUUUCUGGUUGAGAUAAGGAAUUGGGUAAGUACCUCAUACCUAGGAUGUGUGAGGUUUUGUAGCAGUUGGCAUGUGAUGUAUAGAAGGCAAUACUUCAUGAAAGACAGCAAGGUGCUGCUUUAGCUUGUUACUUUGGGCUGAAUUUGAGUUCACAGUCCUUGAAACCAAAUGCAGACAGGCUUUUUAAAAGCACAUUCUUAGAUUUCCUGAUAUUGUAGCAUUUUGUUCACUGUGCUUGUCAGCUCUUCCGUGAAAUGUUACAACUUGGUUUUUAACUUUGUUGACCUCUUUCGGCUUUGGUUGUCAUGUUUCUGUAUGAAGUUAGACUUUAAUCAUCUAUGUGAUAUUUAUCCAUAACUUGUAUGCCUGUGCUUCUAGGUCUUUGUUUAGAGACAGAACUAACGUUGAUGUCAAACCAGGGUAAGAUACCUGUGUCUGAAUAAGCUGUUCCCACUCCCCAAGUUCAUUUUGUUUAAUGAUUUUGAAUUGGAACUUAACUCUCAGCACACUCUUUGCACACAUUUUUCUGCACUAUAAUGGUGUGGAGAUGGGAAACCUCACUAGGACGAGGAAAGCACAGUCUGUUAAUUCAAGGUGAAACAAUUCACUGUUUGGUGGAAAAUAACAUCCCUCCUAAUUGGGAACUUAUCACUAGAGCACUUUCUCUGGAUGAGAUCUUGAUUUAGUGCCAAAUGUGAUUAUAGGCACCAGUUACAUUUCUGUAAAUAUGAAACUAAAUUAUCUUGAGGAUCUCAGACAUUCAUUUUUCAAAGUGCCAAACUCUGUUUUGAAUGUCUCUCUUCUUCUCAGCCCCCUUGCAGCAUGACUGCACUGCCAAAAGGAGACUCCUCUACAACUGUAACAUCUUCCUGACCUGGCAGCGGGCCUCAUUCUGGAACUAAGGGGUGGCAAGUGCCAUACCUGUCAUCCCAACUAUAAACAGAGACUGGGUUCUGAAAAGGGGUAAAACCACGAAGCUUUUUUUCUUUUAUGGGUGGCAGUUCAGAAUCUGUAGGAGCAGAAAACUCAUCACAUGAACAAUUCUAGAUUAAAGGUGGGAAGAGAUUAAUUUUCCUCAGUGGGAGCAUCUCAUUUUUCUUACCUUUACUUGUAACUCCUUUUUCAUAACUAAUACCUUUAAUGCAGGGAAAAAACAAACUACCAUUUUCAUCUACUUAAAACAAGGUAAAAGAGUACUGUUAGGCAGCUCCUCCUUUGUGUCCAGAAUAUGCUCUGUGUUUUGCAGAAAUUAAUUCAGUUUUUUGACACCUAGUAGCACACAGCACCAGGACUUGAACAGGUAAGUGGCUGCCCACACUGCUGAACUGCUGAAAGAGAGAGUGGUGACUUUGUUGUUUUAGUGCCUCUUAAUUCGUCACAAUGUACAACUGAAGAAAACAGAAUGGACCAUUUUACCUAGAGUCAAAGGCCUGACUGAUUGUCUCUCCUUAACUGUGUUGCAGGGUUAGAAGUAGGGGUGUAUUGACUGUAGGAACAGCUACUUUAAUCCCCUUAUGUAACUACUAGAGAGAGAGGUUGGAUAUUCAAAAUUCAACUUAGUGUCCUUCAAAAAGAAAUAAAUGUAGUGGUGUUCAGCAGAAGGCUGAGGAACCUCUGCAAAACUCACCUUUUUUCAGGCUUUUAUAUUUUCUUGCAUGCCUUUAAUAGUAGGCAGACAAGAUCCACCUCACUCUCUUCUUUCCUCUGUUCACUGAGAAUAAAGAAUAUGAUUUAGACAUAAUAAAUGAGACUAUAUGGUUUGGCUGGGGUAGAAUUUUCUUCACGGGAGUCUGUGUGGCACUGUGAGCGAGCAGCUGGCUGGGGUUAAACCACAAUUGCCAAUACUGAAAAGUGCCAGUCUUGUGCCUCCAGAACUUCUUUUUCUUAAAGCUGGCUCUUGGGCAGUGAAUGUCAGGAUGCUGAAAUAAGCCAGGCUUUAUCAGGCACCUGUUAUCUCUGAUUCACUGUUCCUUGGCUUCAGAGCUCAGCCAGGAGUUGCAGCUUCACUGAGCUGUGUCUCUACCCCUGAAGUCUCUCUGACCAGUGCUUGUCUUAGAGAAAGCACAGCUCUGGCUUAUGUGUGCCUGGCUAUAGAGCUGAGAAUCUUUGAGCUUUAGCACUUAGCAGCAUAGAAAUCAGUUUGUUCCCAGAAUUUCUUGUGACGGCAUUUGGAAAAUAAACAUUUGUGUCAAGUGUAGCAUCUCCUUACCUGCAAGUUAAGAGAAUAGCUAGGAAAAGCUUCCAGGAAGGGGUGGUUUGUUUUUUUUACAGCACAACAACUACUUUUUUUCUUCUUUCCACUUGAAAUAACUUCGUUUUCCAUGGUUAUAUGCCUUUCCCAGUAUAUAAGCCAUCCCUGCCAAAUCCAACACAUAAGGAAGGAUACUUGAACUGUAUUGGCAUUAGGUGGCACAAAAGGUAGCUGCAAACUGUAUAUAAAAGUACUUGAAUUUAUACUCUUGCAAAUGGGUGUUACGAGCCCUGAGGUAUUUUCAGGAGCUGUCUGAAUGACCAUUUUCGUUAAACCUCAUUUUGGCAUGAGUUAAUCGUGUUAUUCAAAUAUUAAUUUUGCCUUUUGUUAUGUAGUUCUAGAGGUGUUGGGUGGUUAAGUGUACAUCUUAUUUUGAUAAAAUUUAUUUUUAUAUUGCAUUUUAUAAAAAAAAGUUGUUAAAAACGUGUAA